AUGAAGGCUCUCAUUCUCGUCGGAGGGUUUGGUACCCGUCUGCGACCUUUGACAUUGACCCUCCCCAAACCUCUGGUCGAGUUCGGCAAUCGUCCCAUGAUCCUCCACCAAGUCGAAAGUCUGGCCGCCGCCGGAGUAACGGAUAUUGUCCUGGCCGUCAACUACCGCCCCGACGUGAUGGUGGCGGCCCUCAAGAAGUACGAGGAGCAAUACAAUGUUCGCAUUGAGUUCUCCGUCGAGACCGAACCGCUGGGCACGGCUGGUCCGCUGAAGCUGGCGGAGAAGAUCCUCGGCAAGGAUGACACGCCCUUCUUCGUGUUGAACUCGGAUAUCAUCUGCGACUUCCCCUUCAAGCAGCUGGCCCAAUUUCACAAGAGCCACGGUGACGAGGGCACCAUCGUCGUCACCAAGGUCGACGAGCCCUCCAAGUACGGUGUCGUCGUCCACAAGCCCAACCACGCCUCGCGCAUCGACCGCUUCGUCGAGAAGCCCGUCGAGUUCGUCGGCAACCGCAUCAACGCCGGCAUCUACAUCCUGAACCCCAGUGUGCUGAACCGCAUCGAACUGCGUCCCACCUCCAUCGAACAGGAGACCUUCCCCGCCAUCUGCAACGACGGCCAACUGCACUCCUUUGACCUGGACGGCUUCUGGAUGGACGUCGGUCAGCCCAAGGACUUCCUCACGGGCACCUGCCUCUACCUCACCUCGCUCGCCAAGCGCAACUCCAAGCUGCUCGCCCCUCACUCCGACUCCUACGUCUACGGCGGCAACGUCAUGGUCGACCCGUCGGCCAAGAUUGGGAAGAACUGCCGUGUCGGCCCCAACGUGGUCAUCGGUCCCAACGUGGUGGUCGGGGACGGAGUGCGUCUGCAGCGCUGUGUGUUGUUGGAGAACAGCAAGGUCAAGGAUCAUGCCUGGGUCAAGUCGACCAUCAUCGGAUGGAACAGCUCCGUGGGCAAGUGGGCCCGUCUGGAGAAUGUGACCGUCCUCGGUGACGAUGUCACCAUCGCCGACGAGGUCUAUGUCAACGGCGGUUCCAUCUUACCCCACAAGAGUAUCAAGCAAAAUGUCGAUGUACCUGCAAUCAUCAUGUAA